AUGGCACUUUUAKAUGCACAUUAUAAUUUAAUUAUAGUCGAUGUUGGUGCAUACGGCAGAAAUAGUGACGGUGGGAUUUUUAUGCGCUCAAAAUUAGGAAAAGGACUAGAAAGAAAACAACUGAAUAUCCCACCAAGCACUGCGCUACCAGGUACAACAAAUAUUGCACCAUUUGUCAUUUUAGGAGACGAGGCAUUCCCUUUAAAAGAAUACUUGAUGAGACCCUACCCGGGAAAACAACUCGAUGAGAAUUCCAAACGCAUAUUAUAUAAUUAUCGUCAUUGUAGUGGAAGGAGGGUUGUAGAAUAUGCAUUUGGAAUUUUAUCCCAAACAUUUAGGAUAUAUAAUCGUAGAAUCCAAGCAAAACCCGAAAAUGCAGAUAAUAUAAUUUUAGCGACUUGCAUUUUACACAAUUUUAUUAAAAUAUAUGAUGGCAAAGUGACAUACAAUCGAGGAGAAACUACCAAUUCCGAAGACGCGUCAACUCUUCAAAAUUUAACGAUGCAAGGAGGAAAUGCGAGUCAGCAGGCAUUCCAGGUUAGAGAAUUAUUCAAUGACUUUUUUAGUUCUACAAUUGGAAAAAUUUCGUUGCAAAAUAAAGUAAUAUAA